AUGGAACUUUUCGUAGCUUCACCUCACGUUGAAACGAACAACGGCGCGAUACCAUUGCAACAUUUGAACACAAUGUCAGAGAAAAAAACAGUCUCGAGUUCCGGCGACACAGAUUUUCGACGCACCUGGGACAAAGCCGAGUACGCAGAACGCGCCCGCCAGAACGAGGCCAAAGCUAAAGAAGAGGCCAAGGCGCGAUAUGAGGCUAAACUUGCGGGCAAGAAAUACGUCCGCCGGGCGUCCACGCCGCCUGAUGUGCGUGAAACGCAGGCGCGCUCGGCGCGUCUAAACGUAGGCGAUAUGGUUGGAAAGACAAUGUUAGUACCCGCUGGGGCAGCGGUCGGCAAACGAGGAAGGGGCGCAGGCUUCUACUGCGAGGCGUGCGAUCUGACUUUCAAGGAUAACUUGCAGCUGGUAGAGCAUUACAACAGCAAGCAGCAUCUACAAAACGUGGGCGAGAGUGGACAAGUCAGGCGGGCGACAGUGGAGGAGGUCAGGGAACGUCUCCGGUGGUUAAAGAGAAAGAAGGAAGAAGAGGCGAAGGAGUCGGGCGCGAUUGAUCUACAAGCGAGAAUUGAGAAAGCAAGAGACAGAGAGGAAGAAGAAAGAGCCAGGAGGAGAGAAAAGAGGAAUAGACAGAGGAGGAAGAAAGCAAAAGGGGAUGAUAGCGAUUGAGAGUCACGAGCCCAUUUCCAGGAGAUUGGAACUCGUCACAUAAACCGAGCCUUGAAGAGAAUUGCCUUAUAUAUAUUUUGAGGCGGACUUUUUUUAUCCCCUUCGAAGAGUGCUAACGCACUACUACAUGGCCAUUGCCACCGGGCAGCACUUUGAGGACAGAGGGGCUGCUACUCUUUGACACCAAGCCAAUGCUCUAGCUGGUCCAGAAUCAAAGAGGUAUGCUUACGAAGUCGUUGCGGAUUUCGCACCGAGUUCUGUCCUGAAGGCUAGACAAUAUAUAUCAUUUUCAACGAUUGCGGCGAUGAAAGUCUUUGGCCGCCUCAAGGGUCGAUCGACAAGUAUGGCGAUUGAAUAUUGAUUCCGACUAGAACUUGACAGAAUCUGAUCAUGGAACCAGCGGAUAUGAAUUGCUGAGAAAGUACUGGAAUUGAAGGCUCUAGAGAAGUCUUGAAAUGAAGUUGAGAUAAUUAACAAACAUUCAAAGGUUUCUCUUGAAAUCGAGCAUCGUGCUUGCGCUUGAUCAGCGCGUAUCUUAGGCAUUUCUCUGUAUCAAAAAGACAGCCAUCUUAGCUCCUCUUGUAUUAGUUAAUGCAUGCUUAUGUUAAAAGCCG